UGUUGUUAUGGACGCUCUGUACCCGUGCAGCAAAGAAAAACAACACUACAUUCACCGCGACUGAAUAUGGGAACACCAUUUUUAUUCAUUACAUGUAAAAAUGAUCAAGAUUUGUACCAGGAAAAAAAAAACUUUUGGAUCGACACAGCUGUUUGUUGCUCCGUGCACUGUUUUGUUAAACAGCAGCGACAGAUACACUCACAGUAAUGAAAAAAUGGACACUUUUUGCGGCAUGUUGGAUAUCUUGCCUUUUUCUCGUUUUGCUUUAGCUAUCGCUGCUGAACGCAGAGAGACUGCGAGUGAUGUUAACUUCAUUUCCGAAGACUGCUUUGGACUGACUCGGAACUGAUUAACAGGAAGCCUAUAAAAGGGCAACAUGGAAUGGCCCGAGGAUUUUCCGGAGGACCAUGCCUUCGUGGAGCUUCUGGUUCCGGGGGUUUCCAGUGAUCUGGACUUUGAACAGUUUCUUAAGGACACAGAGGAGAAACUCAAUCAAAAUUCCAGCAGUAUUGAACAACAGCUGAAGGAUCUCCAGUUCAAAUCGGGGGAGUCUAGAACAGAAUAUCGUCCUCCAAGUCCCACAGAGGUUGUACGGUGGUUGAACAUCAGAGCACAGAACAAUAAGAAACCUGUGACCACCGGACACCAGGACCUUUUAAACUUCUUCAGAGCUCUGCAUCAGUACCUUCGGUCAGAUGAAGAGGCAAAAGAAGAGGUGACACUUGAGCUACUGAUGAACCUGUCCGCCCAGUGUGGCCUCUGCUUUCCCUGUACAUCCUCUUCAGCUUCCUCUCUUCAUCCUCAAACAUCCAGCUCCUCUGUCCACAUGUUACAUACAGUCAGAGAUGACUCCUCCUUAGAGAUUCAGGAGGUAUGGGACGUUGUGUGUCUCCAGCUGCGGCGCUACCUGAAGGGCCGGCUGUCACUCCACAGCCCAGAACAGUCCGGAGCCCAACAAAUUUCCACUCUAGCUAUUCCGGAACGGGUCCACUGUCUUCAACAGUUGUCUUUUCUUUAUCCUGAGUGUGACGUUCUCACAGAUUACCAGGCCUUAAAAUGCAAGUACGUGGUGAGUGUUCUCCACUCAUGCUUGUCCUCCAGCCCAGGCGGUGAGACUGGCUUUGACAGAGUGGCGGCAGGUUUCUGCACCGCGGUCCCACAUCUGACCCAAGCCCUCCGAGAAGACCUUCAGGUCCUUUCAAGUUUAACAGAGCCACACACACUCCUAGGUUUUCUGAAUGUGGCUUACUUUGGUACCAUGGCCCAAGAACUGGCAUUGCAGAUGGAGAGAGAGUUUGAAACAGCGAAGCGGGACAACACUGUUUGCGGCAAGAUCAAAAAAUAUUCAGCCAGAUCUCGAGCAUCUGUAGCACCAAUGGAGCUUCCCCUGCAAGGUAGGAGCUUCAAUUUGACCUCCCACCAGCUGAGGGCGUUAAACCAGCUGGGUUGUAUCCUGCUGAGGUUUGAAGGUGAUGCAAAGGAACUCGUUACUAACAUGUCCUUUAUAAAGUGUACAGAGGAUGCUCCUCGUAUAAAAGGCAUCUUGAAAAAGAGUAAAGAGGAUUCAAACAUGAAAACAGAUGACAAGAAACCCACCUCAGGCAGACGUCACACUUUACAGGAACAGAGUCUAGAGUUUAACUGGAGGUCGGCGUUUAGUGACCUGGUCCCCCACAUGGAGCAUUGUGUCAAAGUGGUGCUGGAUGAAGCUUGUGCCAAGAACCUACAGCAAGAAGAGGCCUUACAUUCUUCUGGACACACCGCAGUCAGCCUGAGUCCCAUCACUGAGUUUUCUGUCAACAAACAUCUUAAAGAAGACUCCUUAUGUAACUUCUCAGAGAGAGAGUCUCCCAAAAUGAUAGCCAAGUUCUGUGGAGCAAUUCUGAAUGAGCUCGAAGCCUUACUACCCCUGGCAGUAGCCUGCAGGAACAGCUCCCUCCUGGGGGUGCGAUCAAGUUUUGUGGAGGCUUGUGGCAGAGCAGGGUUUGCCAUGUUGGGCCGAUUGCAAGCGAGGGCCCUGGAGGUACCAUCCUCUGCACCCCUGAAAAACUUGCCUGCUCUGCUUUCUACUUGCAUUUAUGUACACCAGCGACUGAAGUAUUACAACGUCAGGCUGAAGGAGUCGGAUGAAAGUUCAGCUAAAAUACCCCUGACUCUACUGCCCCUCCAAAAGUACCAAGAAACAGUUGAGGCCUUAAGAGACCAACUGAGUAGCUAUUGUGUCCAGGUUUGCGUCACCUGCAUUCUCCAGGAUGCAGAGAGUCAUGACUGGACUGACCCCAAACCCUUCUAUGAGGGAGAGCGGUGUUCCUUCUCACUGCAGAUGUGGUUUUACUUCCUGUGUGGGCUCCGUGGUGACCUGUGGGCAGUCCUUCCUGCAGAGUUGGCCAAGGAUGUGCUUGGACAGGUGCUGACAGAGACUUUACAGCUGCUGGUGCAAAGAUAUGCCAGGGUCUGUGCCUCGUACAAGAGACACCUGCAAAUCAGGUUCGACAUCACAUCAGUGCUGCUUUACGUGGAGCACCUUCUGUGGAGUGUGUGUGACAGUCCUGAGGCCUUGAUGCUGGUCAACCCAUCUUCAGAGAUUGCCAUUAUAGCUGGCAUAUCUGACUGGCCAUAUCAAAUCCACAGUUUGUGUGACCAACUCCUGACCAUCCUCAUAUUUGUCACAGCACCGUUGUCUUUACUGUAUAGGACAUUUAUGAUUAACACUUCGAAGAAGUCUACAUCACAGCAGCCUGAGCACCCCGUUGUACGCUGGUUAAAUGCCAUUAACUCUGACCUCUACACAGAACAGGCCAUACGUGAUGGCCUGAUGAGUGAGGCAGCCUUGGCAUGCCAGUUGAGACUGCUGACCUCUGACCCAGGAUACAGCCCCAAGUUGCUGCUGCGAAUGUUGCUGCAUGGAGACUGCCACCUGCCUAGAAUACUCCUGGAAAAUUCUUAUUUUUGCCAGGAGAGCGGCUUAGAAAUGUGCAGAGAGAAUUGCAUGGCAGGAGAUGACUUCAUAGUUGCUUUGUUCAACCUCUUCUCCUGGUUGAAUAAUGUUCCCAAGGCUUUGACUCAGGCCCUACAGCCAUACCUGGAGAGGGCACACAUUUGGAAACAUCUCUACGCACUGGCAGACACAACACAGACGGUACCAGUGGUGGUCAAGUGUGUCAGAGAAGUGGUAACAAAGUCAACCAAUAGCAUUUUGGUUCACCUGGUGUCCAUGGUGCUCAGUUGGCAGGCCACAGAUGAGUCCAAAGGAACCCUGUUCAAAGAAAGUGUGCCAGAAAGCAUCAUGGCUAAAAUACCCAAGGACUGGGAUGUUAAAAUACUCGAAGGAAGGGGAAAAGACACUGUCAGUGGGAGUACCAUAUCUUUUGCAAUCCAAGGACUGUCUUUUGUUUUCACCAACCUGCCUUCGGUUGUAGCAUCCUUGCCUCUCUCCAUUCGCUUUCUUUUUCAAGUGGCAGAAAAGCACCUCUCUCAGCAUUCCCGGCAGCUGCGCUCAGUGGGCCUGUUGCUCUGGGCCCUGCUGGGCUGCUUGAUUCAGGGCCUGGAGGAAACAAACACUCUUGAGCAGAUCAGUGGUCUGACUCUGGAUGGUGGGGCAAAGGAUGGCCUCCAUCUGCUUGCGGAGUGUCUACAGGCUGCAUUGAGCAUUCAGCAAAAGGGUGUUCCCAAACUUACGGUACACAUAGUUCUUCAGGCUCUAGAAGAAAAAAGACCCAAGUGGAUGAACAUGCAGCUGCAAAAGGCUCGCAAGCUCUGCACAGACAGCAUAUUUGAGCAAGGAGUGGAGAGAGAAGUUGCUGCAGCUGAACUGACUGAGCAGAAAAUAGGCCUGAUUCUGCUGGAGGUGUGCCACAAAGCAGGUGGCAGCCAGUACCUGAGGCAGAUCUAUCACAUCAUCCAAGGCAAUGAGGAACUCUUGAUGUCUAAACUGAAUGAACAUACCGACCCUCUGAAGGAAUCCAGUCUUUUGGUGAAUUUUAAUGUUGGUCCAGAGAAUCCUGCUCACAUUGUCCGUUUCAACCCACUUCUUCAAUUUGACCAUGUUGGCAAGAAGAAGCUGGAUCAGAGUGCCGUGGUUGAGUGGACCUGGGACUGGCCGAGGCUGCUGCCAGCCUAUGAGGGCGUGAGUCAGGUCACCUUCAGGAGUCUGAUGGCCAACAGGUGGGAUAUGCAGGAAAACGCGGAGCUGGAGGAUGGAGAGAAAACAAUGGUGGAAGAACUUAAGAAAGCAUUUUUCGUUUGCUGCUGCAACAAGGAAGCACAAGGUCCUUCAGAAACUGAUGAGACACCAGCAAAGCAGACCCAGGGGGAAACAUAACCAUCUGAUAAACGUACCCAAUAACAGUCCACACUGUUGGAACUUCUAUUAUGAUGAGUUUUUUUUAUUAUUAUUAUUAACAGAACUCUGAAGUUCUUAUACUUAUGUGCGCACACAUUUGCACAUUUAUUGCCAUAAUUUGGCCUGGACAUGUACAGAAUGCUGCAAAUUUGCAUGUGUGUGCAUAACAACAUAGAAGAGGAUAAGAAACAACAACAACAAAAGUGUGAGAGUCGGUGCCUUCUUCGUUUCUGCACACACCUGAGACAAACCCUCUGAGCCGUUCCAUGCUGCAUCAAAUCCUUUUUUUUUUCUUUUUUAUCUUUUUGGAGCACAUCUGCAGAAAUCAGUAGUGGGAAAUGGAGAGCAGGGAUUUGUUUGUCUGGGACAAGACUGUGUGAUCAUUGUAGGUAGCUGAUGUAUUUUUUUUCCAAGACAAUAGGUGUAAAGACAGUGGUGUCAGCAGACUUUUUUUCUGUUUCUGAAAGAAAACAUCAAAUAUAAUGUUUUGGAAGCACGGGGACACCUGUUUUGAUUUAUAUGUGUCACAAAAAUCUGUCCCACAUUGAAAUCUCAGUCAGCAUUUAAAGCAAGCAAAGGGAUUGGAUGAAAUGAUAUAACAAGAUUUAUUUUUUUAAAUGGCUUUGAAUAUUUACUAAAUAUGACAUGUAUUAUAAAUGAAAUGUUUAGCAUUAAAUGUGAAAAUAUAACAAUGGAUGUAUUUCAA